CCCCUACUUUUGAGCUUAAUUUAACCCUGAUAAUCCUCGUUUUCUCAAUCGGAAAAUUUUAAUUGGUGUUUUUUUUUUUUUCUUUGAAUCCUAAAGUUUGUGGUGUAAAAAUCUGCUUUUGAUUUGCUAAUCCUCGAGCGGGAUUUUUGUGAUUUUUUUUUUUGGGGGGGGUUUGGAUGUGAUUUUAUUGGCAUUGUUGUUGUAAUUCGAUCCGGUAGUGGAUUUGAGGGAGCCUCCCCUGCGCGAAACCCUAACAAGGGCUUCUUAAUUUGGAAAACAGAAGAAUAUGAAAGCGAGACAAUAGCAGGUUUUCAGGCAAGUUGUGAGAUUAAACUGACCAUCUGUUUUAGAAGGAAAGAAAAAUAUCUUUUGAAUCUCUACUAUCAGAAUGGUCUCGUAUCCAGCUAGAGGCGUUAUUCGGCCCGUGAUGAAUCUUAUUAAAUUGAAAGAAUUUAGCAUUUUAAAGCAACUAUAUUUGGAGGAAAAGCUACUCAGGAGCUCUUCAGAAAAUUGGUGCAUUAUCAAUAAUGGAACAAAGCAACCCACUAUAGUCAUGGGUGUUUCUGGGAGGCCUUCCGAACUCGUCAAUAUAAACUCUGUAAUUCGUGAUCAAAUCCCUGUAAUAAGGAGGUUUAGUGGAGGAGGCACCGUUAUUGUUGAUAAUGGGACAAUUUUUGUCACACUUAUUUGCAACAAAGAUGAUAUUCCUGGGUUGCAACCAUAUCCUCGGCCUAUCAUGUCUUGGACCGGGCAAUUUUAUGGUGAAGUGCUUCGUGAAUUUGGUGACUUCCACCUACGAGAAAAUGACUAUGCAUUUGGCAGCAGGAAAUUUGGUGGAAAUGCUCAAUCGAUAACAAAAAAUCGAUGGGUUCAUCACACAUCAUUUCUAUGGGAUUAUGAUGUGAGCAACAUGGAUUACCUAAAACUGCCCAUGCGAGCUCCAGAAUAUCGAUCGGCGAGGUCCCAUGUAGAGUUCUUAUGCCGAAUGAAGGAAAUUUUGCCAUCCAAGUCCACAUUCAUAGAGGGGACGAUCGAAACUCUUGGGAGCCACUUCUCAGUUCGACCGAUCCAAUCGAAUGCGGCAACCAAUCUUUCUAAUAUAUCGCACCCGCCGUCCACAAGGCUUUUGACAAGACCGGAGCUCGAGCAGGCAUUAUUAUCAGCAAGUGAAAAUUCCGACACCAAUUCCUCAAUUUAUGCUGUUCCGUAGAUUAUUUAUCAUUUUGUCUGAAUCAAUUUGUUCUUUUGUAAUUUCAAACAAAAUUCUCAACAUACACUUCUUUACGAAAUAAUAAAUACUCUUUGAAAGCCUUCUGAAAA